AAAAGCCGAACCGAAGAGGGUUUUGGCCGCCGAGACGCGAUAGGAGAGGAGAGACGGUAUAAGGCUACUACUACGCCCCCUUUUUGCUUUUUCUCUUGCGACUGCGAGAAAGGAGAGGAGAAGAGUUAGUCGGAAGGAAGGAGAGGAUGAGGAGCGGAGGCGGAGGAGGGGCAGGGAGCAGGGGGAACGGAUCGGCGGCAUCGGUGACGGCGGCCCCGAUCCCGUCGGGGUCGAGGAAGUUGGUGCAGAGCCUCAAGGAGAUCGUGAACUGCCCGGAGCCGGAGAUCUACGCCAUGCUCCGGGAGUGCGAUAUGGACCCUAACGAGGCCAUCCACCGACUCCUCUCCCAAGAUACUUUUCAUGAGGUGAAGAGCAAGCGUGAUAAGAAAAAGGAGAUCAGAGAACCACCAGAAUCCAGGUCUCGAACAUUGAACAACAGUUCAAUCCGUGGAGCUAGAAGCAGCACUGACCGUGGGGGCCGUACUACGUCUUCCCAAUCCAGUUCUGUUGACCAUGGAACUGGUAAAGGUAGACUCAUGCACAAGAAAGAAAAUGGUACAAGUCCUGUUCUCACCUCAUCAGUUCCGGAAUCUUCCACAGUAUCAAGCAAUCCUCCUCGAAGGCCAACAGUUCCAAGUGAUUCUGCUUCUGUGGGAAUCACAAUACAGGCAACAAGCGCUGCUGAUGGAAUUUGUAUAUCUAUGCAAUCUUCAUCUGGCUAUAAAAAUUGUUGGUCAGGGAUGCCAGGACAUGUUUCUAUGGCUGAUAUUGUUAGGAUGGGUAGACCUCAAGGGAAACCUUCUAACAUGCCCCUUGUGGGAAGCGAAAGGUCUGUGGCACAAAAUUCAGUCAUGUCAAAAAUGUUACAUCAUGAUGCCAAGCCAUCCCUGACAGCAGUUCUGCCAUCAGAAUCAGAUAAAACACUAGAGUCCUUUCAAGAAUCCACACAUUUUUCUGAGAAUAGUCAUGAUGUGAGAACUGCUGAAGGCCAACAUAAUUCUCAUGAUGGGUGGUUCUGCGUUGAUGAGCAACCUUUGGAGAGUGGGUCAACGACGCCAGAAAUAUCUGGUGCCUCUGCUCAAUCAGAAUUGGCAUCAUCUAAUUUGGUCAUUGAUGGAAGUAACCUGCAUAUAGAUUCUCAUUCAGAGGAGAUCCAAAUGCCGGAGGAAGGUCUUAAUUUUAAGUCCCUACCAGCGGAAUCCAGAGCCACAUCUGUAUCUGGAAUGCAGAUACAAGUAGAUAGUUCUGUAGAUGCUCCCCAUCUGAAUGAGGGCUUAUUGAAAAGUUCAAUUCCAUACCUGUCUCAAAGGCUUGAACUUGAUCAUCUUGAAGGUUCUUUUCCAGCUGGGGAUGUCAGAGUUCAAAUUUCAUCAGCUGCUGUAAACUUGGGGCAACUAAGUUUACAUGAGGAGAGGAACACAAACACUAUUGAGGCUAAUCCUUCAGUAAUAAUUCCUGAUCAUCUACGUGUUACAAAUGCAGAUUGUGCACAUCUGAGCUUUGGUAGUUUUGUAUCUGGUACAUUUUCUGGAUCUUUUCCAACAAAGCCUCUAAAAAGUAAUUUGGAAGUGGCACCAGUUGUAGCCGAUGCUUCUAUGAUUGAGGAUUCGGAUGCUAGGAAUCAUGAGUACUACAGUGAUGGGCAGCUUACGCCUCCUCCUGUGGCUGAAGAUUCGGAUGUUAGGAAUCAUGAGUACUUCAGUGAUGGGCAGCAUACGACUACACUCACUGAGAAUGUAGCUUCUAUAUCUGGCACUGUUUCAGAGAAUCCCGAUGCACCUUCCGCAUCGCAAUCUGAAGUUGUGAGGAAUGAUCCAUUGGAUGCUACACAUGAGAUUCAGUACAACCUUCCAGCCGGGGCUAAUUAUGCAUUUCCAAGCUCUACAGAGCCAAAUGCUACAACUUACACCUAUCUACAAGGAAAUGCACAAAUGCAAAGCCUUUCCCCUUUCUCAACUUUAAUGCAAUCCCAUAAUCUACAGAACAGCAUGCUAGCACCAAACAUUCCGCCACUUCGGGAUUUUGAUCUUCCCUUGUCUCCCUUGCUCACCACCCAGUCAAUACCUACAAGGUAUAGCACAACAUUGUCAUCGAUUAGCGGGUCUACCAUUUCCAUGUCGGAGGCUCUGAAUCCAGGGGUGUUUUCCAACUCUCAAUCAAUUCCACAAUCCUUGCCUAGCACCACCAUGCUCACGAGUGCUUCGCUCCCUCAACAUCUUCCUGUCCGCUACUCUCAGCCUGCUCUUCCUCUAAGCCAUUUUGCCAAUAUGAUGAGCUACUCCUUUCUUCCCCAGAGCUACCCCUACUUGCCUUCUUUCCAACAAGCAUAUGCUGCAAAUAGUCCGUUCCAUCAAUCUCAUCAUGUUGCGCCCAGUGCAGGCAUGAGUUAUUCACAGCCACAAUUCAAAAGUAGCUUAUCUGCUACUAGCUUACCACAGGUUUCUUCUAUAGCCUCUGCUUAUGGAGGAUUUGGUAGCGCAGCUAGCAUUCCUGGGGGCUUCACCCUCAACCAUACAACUGCAUCUGCUAACACAACAACUGGAUUGGGUGAAGCUUUGAGCUUGCAGUACAAAGAAGGGAGUCAUUACAUGCCUCUGCAGCAGAAUGAGAACCCUGCCAUGUGGGUCCAAGGUGCUGGUUCAAGGACAGUGUCAGCUCUUCCCGCAAGCACUUUCUAUAACUAUCAGGGCCACAAUCAGCAAAGCGGGUUUCGACAGAAUCUACAGGCUUCACCGCUUGGAGCUUUGGGGUACCCAAACUUGUACCUUUCGCAGGGAGGUCCAUCACGGGAACAUCAACAAAGCCCCAGUGAUGGUAAUUUGAAUGGUUCCCAGGCCACACAAUCUCAGCCAGCAAACCAAAUCUGGCAACAUGGGUACUAAGCCAUUGCGGUUGACUCCUCUCUGGGUCUUGGAGUAUACGUUGCAGGGUCUUUAUAGCUCGAUCCCAUGUAUACACUGUUUGGAGCAUUCUUAGACUGACCAACCAAGUGUGUGGCGAUGAAGUACUCAACUGGCUGCUAAUCUUAUUGGAUGAAGAAGGGCCAUGUAUCCUAGAGUUCUGAGUGUGUUUUAACUUGUAGUGCUGUGUGUUAAUCUAGACUUUUUACCCUUGUGAUAAAGAUAACAAACAUUCGUUGAUCUUAGUCACUAACAAAAUGUUUUCUUUUGGUUAUCUCUCCUGCAAUUUCAGUUCUUGUACCUGAAGAAAGCAUUGUGCUUAAUGAAUGCUUUUCUGAUGGCCUUGCUA